AGUUGCCUGUUGGCUUCUUUAUACCAGGCGGGGAGAGAAGGCACUGGGAGUCUGCAGCAAGAGAUGAAUCCGAACUGCUCAAACGUUGCUUCCAGUGCCUGUGGCUCGAGCGAUUCCACCCAGGGGCUCAAGAUUGGAAGGAAGACGUACUUCGAGGAUUUCUCUGUCUCAUCCUCUUCGUUCCCGGUCGCACUGCCAGCACCUCAGAAGAAGGGGAAGGGGGUGGCGCAGGUGGGGAAACAGCAGCAGCCACCCAGGUGCCAGGUCGAAGGGUGUAGUGUGGAUCUCACCGGGGCCAAGGCGUACCACUGCAGGCACAAGGUGUGUGGGGUGCAUUCCAAGUCCCCCAAGGUGCUGGUGGCAGGGAUGGAGCAGCGAUUCUGUCAGCAGUGCAGCAGGUUCCACCAAUUGCCUGAGUUCGACCAAGGGAAACGCAGUUGCAGGAGACGUCUGGCCUGCCACAACGAGCGGCGAAGGAGGCGACCUCUAUCAGCGCACGUCGCAUGCAUGCCAUCAGUCUUCCAUGGUUAGGUCCUGAGCUCAUCUCCAAAACUUCUUCUGCACCCACUUCAAGAUGUUCUUCUCUGCCUUCAGCCUUUGUUUCUUCUAACCCAUGUUGUAAUCUCGAAGCAGAAGGCAACAACAGGUUCAGAGGGUUUCUUGUG